UCCACCUCCUCCAUACAUCUACAAGUCCCCACCUCCACCUUCACCAUCCCCGCCGCCACCAUACUAUUAUAAGUCUCCCCCUCCGCCUUCACCAUCACCUCCACCUCCUUACUAUUACACAUCUCCACCGCCGCCUAAGAAGUCUCCACCACCGCCAUACUACUACAAGUCUCCUCCUCCGCCUUCACCAUCACCUCCACCACCAUAUUACUACACUUCUCCGCCUCCCCCUAAGAAGUCUCCUCCCCCGCCUUACUACUACACCUCCCCACCGCCACCAAAGAAGUCUCCUCCACCGCCUUAUUACUACAAGUCUCCUCCUCCACCUAUGCCAUCGCCUCCACCACCAUAUUACUACACAUCUCCGCCUCCCCCUAAGAAAUCUCCUCCCCCACCUUACUACUACACUUCCCCACCACCACCUAAGAAAUCGCCUCCACCACCAUACUACUAUACAUCUCCACCACCACCCAAGAAGUCGCCCCCACCACCUUACUACUACACCUCUCCACCACCACCAAAGAAGUCUCCUCCACCGCCUUACUACUACAAGUCCCCUCCUCCUCCUAAACAUGUUCCUGCACCUUAUUACUACACAUCUCCUCCUCCGCCGGUCCACCAUCAUCACCCUCACUUGGUCGUUAAGGUUGUCGGGAAAGUUUAUUGCUACAAGUGCUAUGAUUGGGGACACCCUAUCAAAUCCCACGACAAGAAACACCUCAAAGGUGCCGUAGUGGAGGUGACAUGCAAGGCCAGCAAAAGCUGAUCAAGGCCUAUGGAACCACCAAGAUCAAUGGCAAAUACAGCGUCACCAUUCCGGGCUUUGACUACACCAAGUAUGGCUCCAAGGCAUGCACUGCCAAGCUCCAUGCGGCACCUGAGCAUUCUCUCUGCUCCAUCCCCACCGACUUGCACGGUGGCAUGAAGGGUGCCAAGCUCUCUGUCAAGUCCAAGACUUACCAUGAAGUCGUGCUUUCCGCUAACUACUUUGCUUUUGCUCCCAAGACCCCCUACCCUGAGUGCAAGAAGCUCAAGCCAACUCCUGCCCCCUACGUCUUACAAGUCCCCGCCUCCACCUCCAUCCACCUAUGUGUACAAGUCACCUCCUCCGCCACCGUAUGUCUACAAGUCUCCCCCGCCUCCACCACCCAAAUACAUUUAUAAGUCUCCUCCCCCGCCACCUUACGUCUACAAGUCUCCACCACCCCCACCUCCCACUUAUGUCUACAAGUCGCCUCCUCCGCCUCCUUACAUCUACAAGUCUCCACCCCCACCACCAUCCCCGUAUGUUUAUAAGUCCCCUCCGCCACCACCUUAUGUCUACAAGUCUCCUCCUCCUCCGCCCUACAUUUACAAAUCUCCUCCACCCCCACCAUCCCCAUAUGUCUACAAGUCUCCUCCGCCACCACCUUACCUCUACAAAUCUCCACCACCUCCUCCCUAUGUGUACAAGUCCCCACCUCCGCCUUACAUCUACAAGUCUCCACCACCACCUCCGCCCUCACCUUAUGUCUACAUGUCUCCUCCCCCACCACCUUACAUUUACAAGUCUCCCCCACCGCCACCUUAUGUCUACCAGUCUCCACCGCCGCCCCCAUAUGUCUACAAAUCACCGCCUCCACCACCUUACAUUUACAAAUCACCUCCACCACCAUCUCCAUCACCACCACCUCCUUACAUCUACAAAUCACCUCCACCACCAUCUCCAUCGCCGCCUCCUCCCUAUGUAUACAAAUCACCUCCACCACCAUCUCCAUCACCGCCACCUCCUUACAUCUACAAAUCACCCCCACCACCAUCUCCGUCGCCGCCUCCUCCCUAUGUAUACAAAUCACCCCCACCACCAUCUCCGUCGCCGCCUCCUCCCUAUGUAUACAAAUCACCUCCACCGCCAUCUCCAUCGCCGCCUCCUCCCUAUGUAUACAAAUCUCCACCACCCCCUUCACCCUCACCUCCUCCUCCCUACCUUUACACCUCGCCUCCACCACCCGUGAAAUCACCUCCUCCCCCGGCCUACGUCUACUCAUCACCUCCGCCACCAACAUACUACUAAGCUCAAGAAGCCUAGUCAUGAGCCAGUUCCAAUUAAGUUCUAGUUUCAAGAGUGUAAUAAGGAGAGUGAUAAGGGUGCAAGAAUCAAUCAUCAAUUUCAUCAAGUUUCAUCGAAUAAGGGUCUCAAAGAUCCAUCGGCCAAGAGCCAACGAGGGGAAAUGGGUCGCCAGAUUGCUUCUGCCUCUUUGAUUGUCGUCUUCCAACUUCUGCUCACAUUACUUUCAGAUGGGACAGGCUCAAAAUGCUUAUCUCAACAAAGAAAAUGGUCGGAGCAUGCCUUGAUAAAAUAAGGGUGCAGGAUUUGCCCAUCUAGCUUUGCUUGUAUUUUUCCUUUCCGUUACUAAUACUCGUCGCCUUCUUAGGAUGUAAUCUCAUUUAUUUUGCCAUGUCCUUGUACUACUUCAUGAUGAUUUGGACUCCUCCCUUCAUUUGUUUGUUGGA